AACAAUACUGUAGUUCUCCAAAACUGGAGAUCAAAAAAUUCUUGCCACAUCAAACACUGGAAAAAUUUAAUCUCAGAAUACAUUUCAAUGGAAAAACACAAUGCACACAGAAGGAAGCAAUCAUCAGCCUUUGAAGACACCUGGUCCCCAUUUUUGACAUUUCUUAAUACCACACAAAAAUAAUUACAAGCCAAAUGUACAUUACCAGAUAUACCUCACUACUUUCAUUAUGUAAGUUUAUAUAUUCUUUCUUUUCACUUUUGCUUUUGCCCUUGUAGCUAUCACUUCAUACAUACACACAGGCAUAGAGUAUCCACACCUAUGCACCUAUUUUUUUAUUAUUAUAUAUUGUUACAGCAGAUUAAUGGAAUUAGUUAAUGCAUUUUCAUUGUACUGUUUAUGUUAUGUUAAAAAUGCAAUAAAAAAAUAAUAAUAAUAAAAAAAAAGAUUUUAUACACAUUCAUUCUGUUGCAUUCAUUCACUGUUGUCUCUAGCAUCCUCUGCUGGUUUCACUCACUGCUUACCAAAUUAUUAAUAUUUAGAAUUAUAAACCAAAGCAUGAUUUUUCUCUAAAGCUGCAAAGAGCGCUAUACAAACAGAAAAGGUUUUUUUUUUUUUUUUUGUAAAUUAAUAUGAGUUUAGAAGCAACCACAAGGUGGACUUUCUUGACGCAGCUCCUUUGACAAACCCUACGAAGGUCAAACAUUUCUCGAUUCUAUUUAUAUGUGUCACGUACACACUUCUCACUGAAAGCAGCGGAAAGCACGCUUGAGGAGAUCCCUGGGUGACUUUCUCAGCGCAAAAGCGAAACGAUAUUACAUUGGUUUGAAAGGCUAAAUAACAGGGCUCAGUAAUGCUUUGAGUCAUUCAAAAGCCUUCAGAAGCUUACAUUUUGAACAAUUGAAAUACAAAUAAAACGGAAUUUCAGAACGAACACAAACCGUGCUGUGUGAGUUAUGUCAACUGCGUGUCCCCUUAAAGCAGCAAUGUUGCCUUGGCACAUGAUAUUUCUUCUGACAGAUGCUCGGUCUUGUAAGGUCGCCUGAGUGUCCGAGUUGGCAGCAUGACGACCAGCAGCUCACUUCACUUUUUCCUGCUAUAGGCCUGUCUAUAAACUUUAUUACUACUAGCAUAUCUGCGCGUUUGUAAGCCCAGAUGUAGUGGAUGAAAGAAACGAUUUGACAGUGCAGGUCUUCCGGCAGCACCAAAUCAAUCUAAAUCCGCAUGCAGUGUAUAGAGCUAGGAUUAUCACUGGGACUUUUAUAACAGAAGCGAAGCGUUUAAUGUCGCUUGUGAGUCGCGUUAUUCCACUUUAUUCCUUCAUCGUGUCUUCACGGAAUAAACCGAGAUUCGAUCAUGACAGAGACGCGCAUUUCGCGCUGGUACUUCGGAGGAAUUGCCUCGUGCGCGGCCGCCUGUUGCACUCAUCCACUGGACUUAAUAAAGGUUCAUCUGCAAACCCAGCAGGAGGUGAAGAUGAGGAUGACUGGCAUGGCUAUGCAGGUGGUGCGCAGUGAUGGGGUGCUGGCGCUCUAUAAUGGCCUCAGUGCUUCACUCUGCAGGCAGAUGACUUACUCAAUGACCCGCUUUGCCAUUUAUGAAACUGUGAGAGACAAGAUAUCCAGUCAAAACCAGGGGCCUAUGCCCUUUUACCAGAAGAUCUUGCUGGCUGCUUUUGGAGGUCUUACUGGUGGGUUUAUUGGGACACCAGCGGACAUGGUUAAUGUCAGAAUGCAGAAUGAUGUGAAGUUGCCGCCUGAGUUAAGAAGAAACUAUGCACAUGCUCUUGAUGGAUUGUUGCGUGUCUGGAAAGAAGAGGGAAUAAAGAAGCUGUUCUCUGGAGCCUCAAUGGCAGCUAGUAGAGGGGCCAUGGUCACUGUGGGGCAGCUGUCCUGUUAUGACCAGGCCAAGCAGCUGGUUCUGGGAACUGGUUUGAUGACUGAUAACAUUUUCACUCACUUUGUUGCUAGCUUUAUUGCGGGGGGUUGUGCUACUGUUCUCUGUCAGCCUAUGGAUGUGGUGAAAACCAGACUGAUGAAUUCAAAGGGAGAAUACAGGGGGGUGAUUCAUUGUCUGUCUGAUACUGGAAAACUCGGACCUAAAGCUUUCUACAAGGGCCUUGUCCCAGCUGGAAUCCGUCUGAUUCCUCACACUGUACUUACUUUCAUCUUUCUGGAGCAGCUUCGAUUGUACUUUGGCAUCAGAGUCGUCACCUCUGCAUGAACUCUGACACAGAAGUUCCUGGUGUUAACAGCAGUUUCAGGUGAUCCCUUCACAAGCAGACAGUAAUACAAUCCGAUGUAAAUGGGGUCCAAAACAUUCUGUGACCGAAUCACUGAAACCAAAUAAGGUGG